GCACAGCUGACUGAAGCGGUGGGCUCGUUUAAAUACUCCUUUGUGGACGCUGAUGUUUGGGAAUCAGUUCAUGCUGACACAAAUAACAGGAUAAAUGAAGCGAGCGUGUCCUCUUGAAAUGGCACGACGCUGUUUGUGCAUUCGAAAUAUAUCUAAUGGCUGAAAGCGAAAGAAUAAUCGACGAUUCGGCAGAAAAAGUGGACGCAAUUCCUGAAACAGGAGACACUCCUGCAACAGCAACAGCGUGCGCUCGGGUGUCUUAUAAACACAAUGCGCUCGAUAUUACUAACGAAGAAAAAAAAACCCAGGCAUCAGAGUCAUCUGAGACACUUAAAAAAGAUCCUGCUGAAUUUCAAGCUCCUUCUUUGAGCAUGCAUUCCACUCCAUCUACACCUGUGAGCUCCACUGUAACAUCUGCUUCCAUGCCUCCAACACCAAAGGUCAUAGUGAGCUCUGCGCCUAUCAGAUCUGCCACACCGCUAGUGGUGGGGGCGAGAGUGGUGACAGGGGCUAGUACAGCAGCUGGGGCCAGUGGACAGAGCUCAGCUUCACACCCUGGAGGAAUUACUGUGAUGUCUAACCAGGUCAGACCUCCAGCAGUGGCCCAAGCUCCACUCCGGGCAUCGAUUGUGGCUUUACCGAGGGCAUCCAUUUUGCAGCAGAAUGCAACAGUUCCAAGGAGCUCUCACACAACGUCUCUCCAGCUGCCGGCCAACUUCCAGAUUCCACAAGGUAUGGUUUUAAUUCGCAGCGACAGUGGGCAGUUGAUGUUGGUUUCCCAGCAGGCUUUAGCUCAAGCACAGGCACAGGGCUUAGUGCCCAAAUCAUCGAAUGUCCCUUCAGCUGUAAGACCACAGGCCCCCCAGGCAGCAGCACCAUCUAUUAUCAGAGUCUCUCUCCCGUCUUCAUCUACAACAGUAGCCACCAUAGUAAAACCCACCUCCUCGGCACCAAAGGCUGUUCUUAAGCCCAGCUCCACAACAGGCACUGCGUUAAUCAAAUCCACCAGUAUAGGAAACACUAUUAUUAAACCUCCCUCUGGGUUAGGGACUGGCCUUAAGCCAAGCUCUAUUACAGGGCCCACUGUCAUUAAAUCUACCUCUGUUCAGAAACCGUCAAUAAGCACCUCAACAGGUACCAUUAGCCAAAGGACCAUUACUGGCACUAAUGUCACCUCGGCAUCCAUAGUGAAGUCUAUUAACAAGACAUCACUUACUUCAGUUAAUCAAGUAAACUGCCCAGUUGGUAGUGGCCCUCGAAAUAUCUGCCCGAAUAUUCCCAUCAAAACCAGCAGCAGUAGCAAAGUCUCCACCCAGGUGCCUGUCACUGCUGAGACACUGGAGAAUGUAAAGAAGUGUAAAAACUUCCUAAUCACUCUAAUGAAGCUAGCAUCAAGUGGGACCCGAUCACCUGACAUGGCACAGAACGUUCGAGCUCUGGUCAAAGACCUGCUGGAUGGACGACUGGAAGCUGAGGAGUUCACUGAAAAACUUUACAUAGAGCUGAAAUCAUCCCCACAACCAUACCUGGUGCCCUUUCUUAAAAGGAGCCUUCCUGCUGUGCGUCAGCUCACCCCAAACUCUCAGCUCUUUAUCCAGCAGUGUGAGCAGCCCAAAUCUUCCACCUCGUUCACAAUCUGCAACAGCACCCAGAAACUUCGUCUUCCUCCCUCUACCACCAUCACUCAGCCUCUUCGAGGCAGUGCACCUGCCAGACCCCCACAAAUGGUACUCCAGCAAGCCAAAGGUGUGAUUGUGGAGCAACAUGUAACCUCCUCACCCCAUGUUGUGAAGCCAGUGCAGAGCCACACACAGCCCAAGCCGCCAGUUAUUCAGACGAACACACAGUUAGCAGCUUUUAGGAGCCAGUAUCCUCUCCAGGACAGCACCUCAGGCUCAUUCCGUGAUGAUGAUGACAUAAAUGAUGUGGCUUCCAUGGCCGGUGUGAACUUGAAUGAGGAGAAUGCUCGCAUUUUGGCGUCCAGUUCAGAGCUGGUGGGAACAGUGGUGCACUCUUGCAGAGACGAGCUCUUCCUGCAAACCACAGCACUGCAACAGAAAGUGCUUCACAUUGGUAAUUCUCUCGGUGUUACAGAGGUGAAUACAGAUGUGCUUGGGUUGCUCUCUCAUGCCACACAGGAAAGACUUCGAGAUCUGCUGGAAAAGCUCUCUGCUAUUGUACAACAUCAUUAUGUUUCUUACAGGGAUGACUGGCGAAACAUUCAGAUCAGUGACGCACGCUCCCAACUAAAGUUCCUGGAGCAGCUGGAAAAAGUGAAGAAACAAAAGAGAGAAGAGGAGGAGAGGGAGACCCUGUUACGCAUCGCUAAGAGUCGCUCGAGCAGUGAGGACCCCGAGCAGCUUCGACUCAAACAGAGAGCAAAAGAGAUGCAGCAGCUGGAGCUAGCUCAGAUGGAGCACAGAGAUGCUAACCUGGCAGCACUGGCGGCUCUGGGGCCUCGGAAAAGGAAACCUCUGGAGACUUCCGGCGCUGGAACUAACCAGGUCCUGGGUUUCCGCGCACAGAGAACCGCUCAACGUGUGACUGUCCGAGAUCUGAUAUUCUGCAUGGAACAGGAUCGAGCCCUCAGACAUUCCCUUACACUCUACCACGCUUUCUUACGAUAGAAAAUCUGUUCUGUUCAAUUCCAAACUCAUUUUCUGUGUCUUAUAUAAAAGAAUGAAUAUUACUUUAAGAACCGUGUUGUUUUCAGAAGAAGGUUUGCUUCCUUCUGUUUGAUUUCUCAUCAUAUGUGUUUACUUAUUAAAAUUUAAAAAAUUCAAAUUGGAAUUAUGAAAUGAAAAAUUUUGCCACUUGAUCAUUAUAUUAUUAAAACACUUAAGCAUUGCACUUUGUGUGUGUGUGUGUGUGUGUGUUGAGAACGAUGGCCGGGAAAUCAAUUUAAUUUCUUAAAACAACUCCUCCAUUUGUUUCCCAUAGUAAUAUUUGUGGAUUUCUACUUACUCAGCUGUACUAUUUUAUUUCAAUUAAAUUCUUAAAUUACUUUUUUA